AAAAGGAAAAAAAAAAAAAAAAAUCCCAUAAGCUGGUCCGACUGAGCCGUGGACCCACGCAACCGCGGGGCCACAUCUUUAGCCGACAGCCACGUGUCCGAUUGGAGUGAUCGUCUAGGGCACAUUGUCGAGCCUCUACUAUAAAUUGCUCCCAAAAAUGCACAAAUAGACGAACAAAUCCACUGCCAUCGGCGUGAAGGUGUAGAAGCUCAGAGGGAAGCUGCAGAAGCUGUGGUGGUGGUGGAGGUGGUGUAUCUGUGGAUCGGUGUUGGUUGACGUGGGUUGGAGGAGGUUUGAACAUGAGUUCACGUAGCACCAGCAGGAGCAGGAGUCAGAGUCGGAGCCGGAGCAGGAGUCCACGAGAUCGCAGGAUCCGAUCUCAACGCUUGUCCUAUCGUGAUGCUCCUUAUAGGAGAGAGUCACGUAGGGGUUUCAGCCAAGGCAAUCUGUGCAACAACUGCAAGCGGCCAGGUCACUUUGCAAGAGAAUGCCCUAAUGUGGCUAUUUGUAACAACUGUAACCUUCCUGGGCACAUUGCAUCAGAGUGCACCACACAAUCAUUAUGUUGGAAUUGUCGAGAACCAGGUCACAUGGCCAGCAACUGUCCCAAUGAGGGAAUCUGCCAUUCGUGCAAUAAGACUGGUCAUCGUGCCAGAGACUGCCCAACUCCUGGGUUGCCAUCUGGGGACUUGAGGUUGUGCAAUAACUGCUACAAGCAAGGUCAUAUUGCAGCUGACUGUACAAAUGAUAAGGCAUGCAAGAACUGCAGGAAGACUGGCCACAUAGCACGUGACUGUCAGAAUGAACCAGUUUGCAACUUGUGCAACAUAGCUGGGCAUGUGGCUAGGCAAUGCCCAAAGGCCGAGAUUUUUGGAGAGAGGGGUGGUGGGGGUCGCAACACUGGUUUUCGAGAUGUUAUCUGCAGGAGCUGCAACCAGGUGGGUCAUAUGAGCAGGGAUUGCAUGGUUUCCUUGGUCAUAUGUAAUAACUGCGGUGGUAGGGGCCAUAUGGCAUUUGAAUGCCCAUCGGGAAGAUUUAUGGACCGUAUGCCUCGCCGGUACUGAAUUAACAGAACUACAGGUCUGUCUGUCUACUGCGCAAUUCAGAUGGGAGCUUAUAGUACUUUAAACAUAUGUUUUAUCUUGUGUUCUUUUAUUUGGUUUUAUUAUAAUAAUUUUCGAACAGCCUGGAGCCAUUUUUAUGGUGGUUCUUAGUUCUGAAUGUUUGUAUGGGUACUCGAGAAUUGUGGAAAUUGGCCAUGGCAUGGUGCUUAAUUGCUACAGUUAUGCGGAUAUGGUCCAGUUUUCUUGAAGUGAUAUCAAGGAAGAUUGACUUCUUA